AUGCCAUUUGAUUCCCCACCCGAUAGGAGAGUCCUCGAUGGGGCGGGCAAUUUCCAGACCGUCCUCGACUCUCUAGGUGGACUCGGAGAUCUCAUGCAGGGUGGGGUUGCAACUGGCUAUCACAAGGUUUUUAUUGGCCCUCGUGGUCUUCCGUCCGCCGCUUCCAACGCGAAUGAGGCCGACUAUUGGAUACGCAUCGCGACCCUGGACGAGUCUAUGAAAGUCAAUUGGACUCGAGGACAGGACGAAUGA